UUUUGCUUUUCCGGCUAAAAAACAAACAAAUAAUAAAAGACAAAAGGCGGAGAGAGACGAAGAAGAAGAUGAAUCAAAAUCAAUCGUCUUCCACGCCGUCCGUUGUCAAAGAGUCUCCUCUCAAUUCCAUGGAAAUCGAGGUCUCUAGCUCCACUCCUGAUACAGUCGAGUCAGAUAAUAUCCGUGUCAAGCGGAAGACGUUACAGACCUUGCUCCACGAUUGCCAGCGAGCUCUCGAGCUGCUCAAUCACGGCGAUGGAAUCGAAACCAGUGGUUCUCAGGAGGAUCAUAUCGACUCACCGGAGAUGGAAGAAGAAGAGAUUUCUUCUUCUGAUCCUGAAGCUGAUAAAUUAUAUGAUCUCAUCAAGUCUAGAGUUGAAGGUCAUGACUUUCGGGAAAAGAUUGAGUUAGCUCAAGUUUCUCUUCUCCAAGACCCUCUUCCUGAAGAUGGUAGUAGCUCAUGGGACGUAGUUAGUGAAGAUGAUUUAUGGGGUGAGGAGGGUGAAACGGAAGAUGAUGAUUAUGUUGUUGUUAGGGAAGAAGAUAUAGCUGAUGGUAUUGCGUGUUUCAUGGCUACUUAUUUAUCUUCCCUUAAGCAGACUAAGGAUAUAUCACCUGAUCAGCUUCAGAAAGCACUUAGCACGAUGUUUUCAGUGAAGAAACGAAAGGGGAAGCUUCGAAAAGCAUGGGAAGGAAGUAAAGUUAUUUACAACGUUGCAUCCUGGAGCGCAACUGCUAUAGGGAUAUAUCAAAACCCAAUGAUCCUGAGUAUUGCAUCCAAAGCCUUCUGGGUGUCUUGCAAGGCCAUAUCAAAGCUUGUCUGAAUUGGAAAGACACAUCUCACUCACAUUCCUGCUCAUAAGUUAAAACAUCCUCAACUCAGCAAAUGUUUGAUAUCAUUCUGAUUUAUCUGUACAUAUGCCAUUUGUUGCCUCUUCUUCUCAGUGAUGUUAUCUUCAACAUGCAAUGUUAAAAGAUUAGUUUGAUCUCAAUUCAGUAUGUGCUUUGUUUCUGAAGCCGUCACCAUUAGUUUAAUCUCAAUCUUCUUCACAUCACACAUAGUUUGGUGGUGUUUAGAUCCAACCGAGGCACUUGCUUGCCCCCACAUUAAUCAGACUUGUU